UGAUUUUCAUCGUAAAGAACUAAUAUUGCUUGGCGUGUAAUCGAUUAAUCGUUUUUUGUUUUUAUCAAGAAAGCGUUUGCAGUCGCAGGUAAACAAGGAAAUAUAAUAACAGAAACAGUAUUUGACAAAUCACGCUAAGUAAAGAAUUUUGCUUAAUACCAAAAGUGUUUAUUAAAAUGCCUAAAGACGAUUGCAAAUAUUGGGAGAAAUGUUAUCAGAAAAAUGCAGCGCAUUUGGAAAAGUAUAACCAUCCAACAAAGAAAGUUCACGAAGAAAAAGAGGAGCUAAAACGGAAAAUACCAUCCGUGGAGACUAAGCAGCAGCCAAGGGAUGAUGAAAUCAAAGAUAAACCUCACACAGAAACCCCGACUACUGCUGGUAACAGUAGUUCCGAUGAACGCAGAGAAAUUGAUACAACUGAUUUGCGUGCUGAAGCGCUUGGUAACAUUGCGGGCAAAAACUACAUGGAAAUACUUGCCAAGCGCAUAAAAUUCUCAGUUCAGGCGGAAUACGACGAAUUAUUACGUAGCAAUGAGUUCAUACGACACAAAUUCCUCGUGGAAAUGCCGCUGGACUUUUACGCCUUUUGGAAAUUUGCUUGCAGCUUAAAAAGUGGUGGCACUGGUGAGGAAGUUUUGCAAUAUUUUGAGAAACAAUUCCAACUGCAGUUGGUAGGAGCUUUUGAAUUUCUUGCUGGACGCUUCCAUAAAGCUACAAUUCGUGAACCAGGUGACUACUUGCGGCACUGGCGAUUCUUCUACGACCCACCUGAAUUUCAAACAAUUUUUGUACGUCGGGAUACUGGAAUCCAUUAUGGUUAUUGGCGCGAUUCGCCACAAGAACAUGAUAGCCUUUUGUUGGCACGUAACGAUGCUGCAAAAGGUUGCAAGUUUGAAUUUAUAGCUGGCAACACAUUUGAUGCAUUUUUACACUAUCUCGAGAAAGAUUUCACCAACACACCUUUCACGGGAGCACUGGUGGCAAGCACGCGUAAGGCGCUACAAAAUUUUAUUAGCGCAAAUGAAAUUAAAUUAGAGACACUCGAACCCUUACGCAAACGACGUAGUGCUAAAGUGGUUGCUAAAACUCUCCAUGAAGCUGGGAUAGUAGUACCGUAUGACGGCAAAACCGAAGUCGGUUAUAGGCCACUGAUUAUAUCGGAUGCAGAGCUGAAGAAAAUAUUGAAUUUUUUCGUAAAGGCAGGCGCUUCUGAUGAUGGUGGUGACAACGAGGAUAUUAAAGCGGCAGUAAUCGAGAAGUUGCAGCCAGUGGCCACUGCCGCCAACAUAGCAAUGGACGAAUGUGAUUUUGGCACCGCUCUUGAAUUAGGCAUUGACUUAUUUUGUAGUGGGCGACGUGAACUACAUUCGUUGGUACAAUCUUUACUAGUGCCGGCGUAUUCACUACUAUGUCGACCACAAUUCAUUGCUAUCUCAAAAGCUCACAUUGAGCUACGAAGCAAGUCACAUAAACUUAGCAUAUUUGAAAUAAACCAGAAUAAAGUGGGUGAAUGAAAACAUAGCCUAACUGUUA